CACAAAUAUGCUCUUAUUAUUGGAUUCUGAGCUUCCUCUGUUCGCUCUUCUUAAACUAAGAAAUCAAGGCGAAGAAAGACGACGAAAAAACUACAACAAACACACAGUCUUCAGUUGCAGAAGAAGAAAAAACGAAUUUGGGGGUGAGAAUUAGCGGACCCCCUUCCACAAUUCCCGCUCUCCAGUGUCAGGUUUCAUUUGGUGUGCACUACCACCCCAUGACUUCCUCUGUCCACGAUUAUUCUGAUAAUGGUGAGGCUGAUGAUCAGCAAAAGUACUCUGAUUCUCACAAUCAUUCUUCAUCAGUCAUAAAUGGACUAAAUCAACCCAUCAUCACAACCCCAAAUCAGUAUGUAGCACCUCCUCAAGUUGGAGCGGGACAUUCUAUGGCACCCCCUGCUUAUCCAUUUCCAGAUCCUUAUUACAGAAGCAUCUUCACUCCCUAUGACUCUCAACCAUAUCCUCCACAGCCCUAUGGUGGGCAACCUAUGGUUCAUCUUCAAUUAAUGGGAAUUCAGCAAGCUGGGGUUCCUUUGCCAACAGAUGCAGUUGAGGAGCCUGUUUUUGUGAAUGCUAAGCAGUAUCAUGGCAUUUUACGACGUCGACAAUCCCGUGCAAAAGCUGAAUCAGAAAAUAAAGCUCUAAAGUCUAGGAAGCCCUACUUGCAUGAAUCUCGACAUUUGCAUGCAUUGAGGAGAGCUAGAGGUUGUGGUGGUCGGUUUCUCAAAUCAAAUAAGAAUGAGAACCAACAAAAAGAAGUGGCAUCAGGUGAUAAGUCACAGCCAAAUAUAAAUCUGAAUUCUGAUAAAAGUGAUCUUGCUUCUUCAGAGAACUGACGUCUGAGGCAUUGUUGGAGAAUGGUGAACAGCGCAUGUCAACAACCGUGAGGAAAUUGAGGUCUCAAUACCAGCUUCAGUUGUCUGAGUAUUACUUCAUCCUUGAUCUAUACUGGCAGCAUUUUAGCAUAUAGGUUUUGGUAGCAUGUUACUUAGGGAGGAUCCAGAAUGUAGUAGGUAAAAGUAUGCAAGUUUUAUUACCAUGGUAAAUACUGAAGUGAGUUAGCUGAUUGUUCUGUUUGAGUGGUGGUUGCAUUAGGUUUGCAAAUAUUAGAUUCACUAUUUUGCAGUAUUAGUUGCUAUUUAUGUUGCUCCCCACCUCAACAAUAAGUUCAGUGGUUCAAUUGAAAUGAUGGAACUAGUGUUGUAACAUAUUGGUCCUAGCAGUAUUUUCUUAUUUUCUUUUCUGUGUUUCUAAAUGGCAGUGUUUUAUCUUUUGCUGAGAAAAAAGGUAAACACUUUUCCUUGGCCAUUUUAGUUGUAAUGAUCCCCUAGAAAAUAUAGUAAACCAAAUUGUCUCUAAAGGCAACCACCACUUAAGUCCCCGGUUUUGAGGCUUAAUAUUUGAACUAGCUGCAACAGAUUGGCACUGUACAGAUUAAAGCUGAUGUUGCUGAAACUUUACUGGGAAGCUUUUUAAUGGAGCAAAGGAGAUGGAGACGACGAGAGGUCAGGUCUGGGUUCUUAUUGAAUGUACAAAAAAAACACACAUUCCUGGUGUUUGGUCUUGUUUUAGGAAGGAAAGGAGUUGAUACAGUAUCUCCACAUCAGUCUACUAAAUAUCUGCAGAAAAUAAUUGAAUCAACCUUCCAUGGCUGGAUAUUUUGAAAUUGUAAAUAACGAGACGGUGGUUUCUCAUAACCUCCCCAACAUCCUUUGUUUAUUAAACGCUGCUGGAAACUACCUGAACAUCUUUUGGGACUGGCGUGCUGUCUUUGCCCAUGUCCUGCUUUAUUUUUCAAGCUGUAUUGUAUCCUAUGUUAACAACUUCUAUUAUUCAGUUUAAGUUGCUCCUACUGUGUAUGUUUCACUUGAGCUACGCAUCCUUAAGAGAGCUUAGAACUUGCAA